AUGUCCUUGCGGAGCUUCAGCACUUCCACGGCAGCUCUUGCGGCCAAGAAGGCCUCGACUAUGACCAAGUACUUUGGCCGUCCCAGCAACAAUCUCCUGCUGGGCCUUGUGGGAUUGGCCAAUGUCGGGAAGAGCACUUUCUUCCAGGCCAUCACCAAGUCAACACUCGGAAACCCAGCCAACUAUCCAUUCGCUACUAUCGAGCCGGAAAAGUCGUUGAUCGUGGUGGAACUGCCCAAACUUGACCACUACGCCCAGUUGUUUGGCUCCGAAAAGAAGUUACCCAGCACCUUGACUAUCUACGACAUUGCAGGGUUGACCCGAAAUGCCAGCAGCGGAGAGGGCAUGGGAAACAAGUUUUUGGCAGAUAUCCGUCAGGUGGAUGGGUUGUUCCAGAUGGUUAGGGGGUUCCGCAAUGACGAGAUCAUCCACAUCGAGAACGACGUCAAUCCCGUCAGAGACAUGGAGGUGGUUAACGACGAGUUGAUCUUGAAGGACUUGGAGUACGUGGAAACAGGCCUCGAGCUUGCGACAAAAAGCUUGAAAAAGCCCAAUGUCAACCGUGCAGUGGUGGACUUCGAGUUGGCCACGCUCAACCGGGUCCUGGACACCUUGUACGAGGGCAAGAAGGUGAUUUCCGAGACGUGGUCCGAGGAGGAGAUCGAGUUAAUCAACAGCUACAAUUUGUUAACAGCCAAGCCUACGGUGUACUUGCUCAACGUCAGCGAGUCCGAUUAUUUGCAGGGCCAAAACGAAUUUUUGGAGCAAGUUCAGGCGUGGAUGGGCCAGCACUGCAAGGAUGACAAGUUGGUGAUGGUCAGUGUGGAGCUCGAGAGUAAAUUACAGGAGCUGGGUGAUGCUGAGCGUGCCAGUGCCAUUCCCACCAUUGUGGAUGAAAUGCGGAGUGCGUUGCAUCUCGUUUCGUUUUACACCUGUGGCCCCAAAGAAGCACGUCAAUGGACGGUUCGUGAGGGCACUACUGCCCCAGAGGGUGCUGGCGUGAUCCACACCGACCUCCAGAAGACAUUUAUCUCUGCACAGGUGUACAAGUGGCAGGACUUGGAGAGAGAGAAAGCUCCGUUGAACGAAGCAGGCUUGAAGGCUGCAGGCAAGCAGCACAGGUGCGGCAAGAAGUACGAAUUGGAGGACGGAGACGUGAUGGUGGUGAAAGCAGCAGGGGGGCGUACACGGUAA